CUAACAGUCACUUGUUUCAUGCCUGGGCUCCGUCCGAAAUGAGGAAUCUACAUCGUCCAUACCGCAGGGCAUAGCGAAAUGUACAAGCCUGCUCCUCGGAGAACCAAGAAAACGGAUAUUGUCCGGUCUCGCACGGGAUGUAGAAACUGUCGCGAGAGGAAAACAAAGUGCGAUGAGCAGAAACCGACGUGUGGGACUUGCGUCAGACUGGGAAAGGUCUGUGAGAGUAGUAAACCUGAUUUCAAAUUUCGCAUGGUAGACAGGCCGGCACGGCUUGAUUUUAUCAGAUCUCUGCAGCACACGGAAAGAGAUGUCUUCUAUUCUACAUAUUGGGAAGACAUAUGUCUCCCGGCAUUACAUCCAAUCUUCCGCUCAGCCUUCUGCUUAGCUAGCAGUAACCGAAUGAUGAACGAUGCUAUUCUGGCCCUGGCAGCAUGCAACCUGAGCCGCUUAUAUGCAGAAAAGAGAAAUAUCUCCGAAAAGAAUGCCCCAGCCCACAGUCCAAGUCUUACCCACCAGACCAGAAGCUAUUGGUACUACUCAUCAGCCAUUCGAGCAUUCACAUCACUACAAGAAGUCGACUAUCGAUAUAACGCGACAAUAGCCUUGACGGUUCUUUCUGUGUUUGCGCAUCUCGAGUCCUCGAUGGGGAAUUUCGAGGGGUUCUACUGUCAUUCCAAGGGCUUAUCGGCACUCCUUACGGAUUUUGAAGAGAUAGCGGGAGACCCAGUUGCGAAAAGCCUUCUCACAUCGUGGAUGCAGAUACGGUUUGUGGUCUGGUGGGCUCGUGCGUACUUUUGCUCGUUAGACGUACUGCGGCGGUUACCGUCAGUUCCGUUACCGAAACUGAUUGAGGGAAGCUUUAUGAGCUCGCUUUAUGAGAGACGUGUUGUUGUCUUGAGUAUCAUGUGCGAAUCGCACAGACUCAACUGCAAUGCGGCGCUGAAGCAUUGGAGCCCUCAAAAGGAGUACAAUGACUGGAAGGACCGCGGACAGUACCCGAUUGAUGACCAUAAUGAUGAAUUGAAUCAUUAUAUACUCCUGGCCGAGGAAGCCAGGAAGCUGGAUGAGUGGCUCUUGCAUCUCCCACCGUUAGAGCAGCCUCAACCAAUUGACCACGACGUUAACGAUACGCCAAUCUCUUUCCAAUCACACGAUGCUGCACUCAACUAUGCGUACUAUGCUCUUGCGCGGAUUAUGCAAUGUACUGACGGUUUGCGUCAUCUCAGCAGCAGAUCCAACCCAAAUUCCAACAAAGAAGAACCUUGGAUUCGACUACUUCUCCACAUAGCCAAAGAAACCAAGCCCCAUGUUUCUGCCUCCCGGAACAGCUACACAAUCGGUUUCUCAGGUCUGCUCCUAGCCGCGCUCCUCCGUUGUCAGAAUCUUUCUCUCAGCUUCGAGAUCCAGAACUGGCUCCAGAAUCUUGAGAGCAUCCAGCCUACAGAGGAAGGCGCUUUUCCAGUCUACCAGGCUGUGGGCGUGGCUAAAGCUAUUAACUGGCAGAGAAUGAUGGGGAGGGAUAUAUAUAGCGUUACGCAACCAGUUGAUGAUGAUGGAAUACCGAAAGUAACUGCGUAUAACAGCCAGUCGAUUGAUAGGAUGUUGCUUCAUGGGAGGUGUCAGCUAUCGGGCAAGUUUUUUACGGAGUGCAUUUCUAUUGAGUUGUAUGGUUAG